AAAUUACGCCCGCGGGCCACAUGCGGCCCGCCAGAGUGUUUUAUGCAGUCCGCGAACAUCUACAGGUGUGCCCACAGAUUAAACAUAUAAUAAAGGGGGAAAAAAUUAAAAUAUCUUCUUAUCUCUUAUGAUGAAGAGCCUAAAAAAGUUUAAAACAAAUGAAGAUUAUGCUUGUUUGCAAUAUUUCCAACCGUGAUUUAGUCAAAGACAUUAGCUCAAGCCAGUAUUUAUUCAAAGCUAUGAAGAACUGGGUUGAAAGUGUUGAGUUGGCUUGGAACAAGAUGGCAAGUGUAACCACUAAUGGAGCCCGUGCUUUGAAUGAAUUGGUUCACUUAGACCUAAAAGGGGCUCCAUUAUGCCUGAGCUACUUAGAAAAGGUUUUACCAUUAUUUAGAACUUUUGGAGCUACUGGGCUUUUAAUUGAAUAUGAAGAUACAUUUCCAUACCAAGAUGACUUGAAAACUAUAAGAGCCCCUCAUGCUUACAGUGAGGAUAAUAUAAAAGAUAUUUUGAAAUUAGCUGAAGAUAAUAAUUUGGAAGUGAUUCCACUGGUUCAAACAUUCGGUCAUUUGGAGUUUGUUUUGAAGCAUCAACAAUUUGCCGCUUUGCGGGAAAUAAAAAAAUAUCCAAUGGCCCUUUGUCCAUCCCAUCAUGAUUCUGUGACAAUCGUGUGUAAAAUGAUAGAUCAAGUCAUCAAAUUGCACCCACAAGUAAAACAUUUUCAUAUUGGCUGUGAUGAGGUUUAUCAUCUUGGGCUGUGUGAGGCCUGUACUCAAAGAAUGAUUAAAGAAUCUCUGACUAAAGAUCAGCUGUUUUUUGGGCAUGUGAGAAAUGUGGCCAAACACAUCAAGGCUCAUUAUGACAGCAUUACUGUAAUAAUAUGGGAUGACAUGUUGCGUUACUCUGAGAUGUCCAUUAUUUUAAACUGUGGACUCGGUGAUUUAGUUGAACCCAUGGUGUGGCACUAUUUGCCUAAGUUCAUAUUGCCAGCUUCUUUAUGGGAUAAUUUAAGUGCAGUGUUCCCCAAUAUAUGGAUAGCCAGUGCAUUUAAAGGGGCUACUGGACCCAAGUCUGUGAUAACCAAUAUUCUUUACCAUUUGGACAAUAACAACAGCUGGCUGGACACAGUCCAGUUGGUCAAAAGAAAGUUUAAAAAUAUCAAAGGAAUAGCUGUAACUGGCUGGCAGAGGUAUGAUCACUAUGCUAUCCUGUGUGAGUUACUACCUCAAGGCCUACCUUCUUUAGCUAUAUGUCUUAAAGCUAUUCAACAAGGUACACUGGGACCCAAUGAUUUAGGUCAGGUUGCCAAAGAGUUAAAAUUUCUGACACCAAUUCCAUUUAAUCCAUUUAUCAGCCCAGAGAUCCCUAUAUGUGAGUUUCCUGGCUCAGAAAUCUACCAACUGACAAUUGAGUAUGUUCACACGGAAGCUGCUUAUAAUGAACUUUUUGCUUUAGAUGGAAUGACUGCCUGGAUGCAUGAAUACAAUGUCCAAAGGAAGUUUAUCAACCCUGUUCAUGUAGAACCACUAUUAGGUCGAGCCAUUAGCAUCCUGGACUCCUAUCACUCCCUGGAUAAAAAAAUACAAGCAACAUUUCGGCAUGUGUUUGUAGAUGGUGUGGAAGAAGAAUGGCGUGCAUGUUUUAUAACACCCUCCAUCCAGCGUCUUGAGGCAUUUAUGGAGAAGGCUCGUUCUCUCUUGUACAGCGAUCCAGAAACAGCAUUAUGUGAGGAGAUGAAUGUAGAGUGACUCAUUUUAUUGACACUGACAUUUUUACUUUAUAUCCAACAAUUAGUAUUUGACACUGACAUUGAUGAAUGCAGUACCUAGAUAAACAUAAGUUUUAAACUCCAUAUUGAUGUAACUUUAACUUGAAGAAAUUUAGAUAUGAAACACAACUAGUCGAUUCAAAUUAUAUGUUCAAGUGAUUUUUUUUUAAAUGACCAGAUGGGUCAUUGUUAUAGCUUGAAUGUCUAGGUUUUAACAUGAGAGGACAUAGGACAUUCUUUUCUAUUCUGUAACUUAGUGAAAUAUAUUGUGACAUUUUAUCAAGAACAGUCAACUUAAGUUUCUUGUGAUUGUUGCAUUUUAAUGUUAGUUAGAGAAGUUGUUCACUUUCUGCCAUGUGGCUUUAUCAUUCUGUUGUUGUGGAAAAAUGAAUCAAACAUUUCAUCACAAAGUAAGAUCUCAUGAGGUGUAAGCAUUGCUAGAACUUGUUCAUUUCUACAGGAAUCUUAGUCUGCUUGGUGUCAGAAGUUGAAACUAGUGUGUUUUUGUUGGACUGAUGAGUAGUGCUCUCAUGUAAAAGCAAUCCUUAUUUUAAUUUAACCAAUAAGUUUUAAUAAGAAGCAAAUGUUAAUGCACAAAGUGUUUUCAUUGAUGGGUUGGUGCAGAGAAGUCUAUUUUAUAUACAGUUAUAAUAAACUGUGGAUAUAUCCAACUGGCUGAAUUGUUUUAUUAAGAAUAGUGAAAUAUAUAUUUUACAUAUUUCUAAUUUUUAAUGAAAGUUUUGGUUUGGGCAUUUUUAAUUUUAACACGUGACUCUAUUUGUCUCUCUGUUCUCCUUGUGUUCAAAGUGAUAGUCUUCCAAGCCUAUAGCAGAUAGGGAAAACCUCUUCUGAUGGAGGCUGAGGUUAAGAAGCUAUAUUAUGUUGAUAUUCAGAUCUUUUAUUUGUUUUUUAAUCUUGAUGUCAUUGCAUUAGUCACACAGUAGUUCAAUGUUUAUGUAGUUUGUAUGAAUUGAAAGUUGAUUUCUUGAAACUUUAACUGAUGUCAGUACUAAUUGAGUUCUUAAUGAAGCAUUGUUAACAUGUUGUGUAUAUUUUGACCAUAUGCCAAGCACAUAUAGUUAAGUGUGUUUCUCAGUUCAGUGCCAUAAAUGGCUUGGCUACAUAAGGAAAUCAGGUUCUACUCUUGAAGAGACAAGAAAUUUGUAAUUAGAGCUUCUACUUGAGCUGAGUUCUGUUUGAUGAGCACCUUAAGGCAUCAUGGACUCCUUAUCCAAUAGACUCCACCCUCCACUCCAAAUGUGCAUAAAGUAAUUGAACAAAGCAUUUUCUAGCAGCAUGGUACAAAAAAAUAAUAAUUUUGUUUCUAAAGUUGGAACCUUCAACAGGACAUUUAAAAACACUUUUUUUUUUUUUUUUAUCUGGAUUCUUAUCUAAAUUUUAAUGUUAAUGCUAAUCUAGUCAGUGUGUUUUUGAGAAAUGUUAGUUUUGUGUGCAUUUAAUUUGCUUUGGAAAGGGAGUAAUAUUUAUAUUCAUUUUAUUGACAAUUUGAAUUGAAAUGAUUACUUUGAAAAGAUUUUAAAGCUUGUACUUUUGUAACAUUUUUCUCGUAGUUGGCAGCAGUGUACAUUUAUUUAUUAUGUUCUUUUUCCUAUUGUGUUUAAAUCUCAACAUUUUGUUCUCUUAGUAAAGCAAAACAAAACUAGGUGAUUGAAAUGUUACUCUUUUUUUUUUUACAAUUAUAGCAAAAUUUUAAUUUAAUAUAAGCCUACUAUUAGUAGUUAUCCAUCCAUCCAUCCAUCCCAGUGGCGCUACAGCCCAUGGAGGGCUCUGGCCUGCUUUAACACAUCCUUCCAUUCAGAUCUCUCCUGGGCCUUUCGUCUCCAUGCCCUAACCCCAAGCUGCUUCAGAUCUGCUUCCACGUCAUCUAUCCAUCGCAUUCGGGGUCUGCCUUUGAGUCGCCUGCCUUUUGGUUUUUGCCUGUAUACGAUUUUCGCCCCUCUGUUGUCUGACAUUCUUUCAAGGUGACCUGCCCAACGUAGUCUGUUCUUUUUUAUUUCGUUCACUAUUGGUGGGUCUUCAUAUAAUUGAUAUAACUCAUGGUUAGUGCGUGUCCUCCACCCUGUUUCAUCCUGUAUGGCACCAUAGAUUUUCCUAAGGAUUUUUCUUUCCCAAGUGUUAAGUAAAUUUUCAGAUGUCUUUGUCAGUGUCCAAGUCUCACUUCCAUACAUUGCUGCUGGUCUUAUUAUAGUUUUGUAUAUUAUUUUCUUGGUUUUACUUGAAAUCAUUUUGCUCUUAAGUAGAUGGUGGGUGCUAUAAAAUGCCCUGUUGCCUGCUGCUAUUCUUUCCUUUAUUUCUGUUAGUAGGUCAUUUUUUAAAUUAAUAGUACUUCCUAGAUAUUUGAAAGUUUGGACGUUUUCAAAUUCGUGGUCUUUGAUUUUGAUAUUUUGUCCCUCUGUUUGAUUGUCUCUUGUCAUUGUGAUGUACUUGGUUUUACUGUCAUUGACCUCAAGUCCUGCUGGUCGAGAUGCUUCUUCUAGUUGUAUGAAGGCUCUAGCGAUGUCAGAGGUUUCUUUACCCAAUAAGGCAAUGUCAUCGGCAUAAGCAAGGUAUUGUAGAGGUUGGCUGUAUAUCGUCCCUGUUGGUUGUGGACCCAUGUUUUCUCUCCUGAAGUAGUUAGUAAUAGUUCCCCUUGUGUUUAUGUGUAUAUUUCUUAUAACUCUCUCCAGUGUUAAGUUGAAAAGCAUGCAGGAAAGUGCGUCUCCUUGUCUUAAUCCUCGUUUAAUCCUAAAUUCCUGUGAGUGUUCUCCUUGUAUUAUGACUUUGCUUUUUGAGUUGUUUAAUGUCAUAUGUAUAAGUCUUGUCAGCUUAUUGGGUAUUCCAAAAUCCUGUAGUGUGUCAUAUAGGUAUUUCCUUCUGAUACUGUCAUAAGCCAUUUUAUAGUCUAUAAAGAGUUGGUGGAUUGGUAUGUUGUAUUCAUGGCAUUUUUCUAGUAUACAUCUUAGUGUGAAGAUGUGGUCGGUUGUGGAUUUGUUGGGUCUGAAACCACAUUGGUAGUCACCUAAGAUUUCUUCUGAAUAUUUUCCAAGUCUCUUAGUUAUAAGCCUAGACAGUAUCUUAUAAGUCACAUUUAGUAGAGAGAUUCCUCUGUAAUUACAGCACUUUAACUUGGAUCCUUUUUUGUGUAUUGGGGUUAUAAGAGCAGUUUCCCAUUCUGUUGGUAUUACUUCUUCUUCCCAAAUUCUUGAUAUUAGUCUGUGUAUUUGGGAAUGUAAGUCUUUCCCUCCAUAUUUAAUUAGUUCUGCUGUGAUUUGGUCCUCUCCUGGUGCUUUGUGAUUCUUCAUGGUCCUAAUUAUUUCUGAUGUUUCAAUGAGUGUUGGAGGGUUCACUAAGGGAUCUGGUCCCCCAUGCGGCAGUUCAUAUUCUCCAUUGUCUCCAUCUUCAGUGGUAUUUAGGAUCUCCUCAAAGUAUUCAGCCCAUCUCUCAAUGACCCUGCUGUUUUCUGUAAUAAGCUGACCAUCUUUGUUCUCACACAUGUGUGAUCUAGCUUGAAAUCCGUUCUUUUCAUCUUUAAUUUUCAUAUACAUUCCUCUCAUGUCUCCCUCCUUUGCUAGUUCCUCAAUUUUAGUGAUCUUGGACUUUUCCCAUUCCCGUUUUUUCUUUCUUACAACUUUUGUGGCCCUUCUUCUUGCUUCAUUGUAUUGCUGUCUAGUGUUCCUGGUUUCUCUCUGUAGCAUUAUCAUUCGGGCAUUGUUCUUCUCUUCUAUAGUUUGUCUGCAUUCAUCAUCAUACCACCCUAUUUUCUCGUUCUUUUGUUUAAAUCCAACUACCUCUUCUGCUGUUCUUUUGAUAGCAUGCUUUAUUAUUUCCCAAUGCUCAUUUAUGUUAUUUUCGCAGUCCUUUUCUAAUGUUGUCAGUUGUGUUUGGAGUGCCAUUCUAUAAGUUUCUGCAACAAGUGGAUCCUUUGUGAGUUUUUGACUAUCAUAUUGCUGUGCUCUCUUUCUUUGGUAAUUGUGUAUGGUACUUAUUCUUUGUCUAAAUUUAGCUUUUACUAGUAGGUGGUCUGAGUCAGCAUUAGCUCCUCUGAAACUUCUUACAUCUAGUAUGUCUGAUCCAUGUCUCUUAUCUAUGAGUAUAUGAUCUAUUUGAUUCUGGGUGUUGCCAUCAGGUGAGAUCCAGGUUACCUUGUGAAUAUUCUUAUGUUGGAAUUUUGUGCUGCUGAUAGACAUUCCUUUUCCUGAUGCAAAAUCCACUAAUCUUAUGCCAUUAUUGUUGGUCUCUUCAUGUAAACUUUCUUUGCCAAUUAUUGGUCUGAAUGCUGGUUCCUUUCCAAUUUUUGCAUUGAAAUCUCCUAGGACUAUUUUGAUGUCAUGCUUUGGCGCUUCAUCAUAAAUUCUUUCCAGUCCAUCAUAGAAGGCUUCUUUUGUGUUAUCAUCUGCAUCUUCAGUAGGGGCAUGAACAUUGAUAAAUGAUAUGUUGAAGAAUUUUCCUUUCAAACAUAGUGAGCAGAGUCUAUCACUUACAGGUUUAAAUCCAAUGACAUUACCUACCAUUUCCUUUUUAACAGCAAAACCUGUACCUAAGUUGUUAGUGCUUCCACCACUAUAAAAUAUAGUAUACUCCUUGGUUCUGAGAAUGUCCGAGUCUUUCCACCUGAUUUCCUGUAGGGCUGCAAGGGGUAUCCUAUAUUUCUUUAACAUUUCAGUAAGUUGGGCUAGCGCACCUGCUCUAUAAAGGCUUAGCACGUUCCAUGUCGCAAAACAAAAAUCAUGUCCUUUUCCAGGCCUAGGACGUUUUCCGUUGAGAUCUGUCCGGGUUUUCUUGUGUGUAUGAGCUUUCGUAACAGUAUUUUUUAUAUGACAGAGUUGUUAGCCCUGUGCAUAACCAUCUGGGGGGCUGCCCCUUUCAGCUCUCUGGAUAGCUGCCUUUAUUUUCGGGUAAGGUGCCCUAGCCUUUGUGGAUCCCUCCACUUCCUGCAAGGCAGCAGGUUUGAUUUUGGUCCACCCCGGGUAUUUUAUUUCCCCGGUACCCACCAUAUCUGGAGGGCAUUCCCCUAUCCGCCACCUGGGGAGGCGCUCGAUGGGAGAUCAAAAACUCCACACGAGAUUAGUAGUUAUACCAGUAUAUAUAUAUAUUGUAGAACUAAAAAUUGUAUUCUUCAAUUUCUUAACUCUUUCUCCCUAAUGUAUGAUACUAACAGUGAUUUGAACUCAUUAAAUUAAAAUAAUUACGGAGAGAAAGAGUUAAAUAGUUUGGUUUAAUCACGACAAAAGAUUUGUUUCAUAAAAUAUUCCUUUUAUUCAUUCAAAAUACAAACAAUUUAAAAUGUUUGCAAGGUUAAAAAAAAAAAAAAAAAAAAAAAAAAGUCAACAGAGUUAACAUUAUGUGAUUUUGUCAAAUCUGUAUUUGUAGGAACAUUUUGGAUGCUCAGUGAAGUACAUUUAGUUAUCAUCUUUUAGUUCAAAUGUCUACAUUUUGUUUCGUUUUUUCUUUGAGAUUGGAAAAAAAUUAUAAUUAAUUCAUUGAAAUAUAUAUAUAUGUUAAACGUUAUGGAAGAGUUUGAUUGUGAAUUAAAAGCAAUGUAGUUAAACAACAUAAAAUGGAAGAAAAAAAGUUUAAUCUUUUGGGGAUUGCAAUGAUAGGCCCUUACUCUGAUAAUAACUAUUACCUGUGACUUUAUAUUUUUAAUUUGUUUACUCUUCAGGAUGAUUCUUCCGAUGACAACCCUAAACAUACUACAUGGUAAUC